AUGAGUGGACCACCUACUAAACAACUAUUUGUUAGACCAAUCAGAUACGAGACCACCAAGGAGGAUUUGGAGGACUUUUUUGCUGCUGCUGCGCCGGUGAUUGAUUCUCGUUUGAUGGAGGGGUACGCAUUUGUUACAUUUGAAACCGAAGAGGAUGCAGCACGUGCGUUGGAAAAAUUUGCUGAUACCACUUUCCAAGGAGAGCCUUUACAGAUUGAAUUUGCCAAAGAGAGAAAAGAAGACACACGGGGUAAAUUUAGAUUGAAAAUCUUGGGUUUACCCGAGGGCACUGCAUGGCAAGAUGUCAAAGAUUUUGUUAGAGACAAGACUAAUUUCCAGCCAAGUUUUGUUAAAGUGUUUAGAGACUUUGAUUCUGGUGACACUGUUUGUAAUAUGGAAUUCCAAAGCGGAGACGAAUUGGAAAAGGCAAUUCCAUUGUUGGACAAGGCUGAAUACAAUGACAUCACCAUUAGUGCCGAAGAAGAUACUUCACCUUAUGUUCCUCCACCAAGAAGAGGUGGUUUUAGAGGACGCGGUGGAUACGAUGGUGGUUUCAGAGGCGGAAGAGGUGGAUAUGGCGACAGAGGUGGCUUUAGAGGCGGCAGAGGAGGAGGAUACGGAUAUGGCGGCGGCAGAGGAGGAGGAUAUGGAUACGGUGACAGAGAUGGAUUCAGAGGUGGAAGAGGUGGAGGAUUCGGUGACAGAGGUGGAUUCAGAGGUGGAAGAGGUGGAGGAUAUGGUGAUAGAGGUGGAUUCAGAGGUGGUAGAGGAGGAUAUGAAAGGAGCGGAAGAGGCGGAUAUGGUGAUAGAGGCGGAUAUGAGAGAGGCGAAAGAGGUGGAAGCGAUAGAGGUGACAAUUAUGGAGAAAGACCAGGUUCUUACAACCGUGAAAGAUCCCCUACUCGUUUCUAG